AUGUGUUCGACUAUUAUUCGUCUUUUCAUCGUCUUAGGUAUCGUUUUGGCAGUUUGCGAGGCUAGCUAUGUUCAAUGUCUUCAAAGAGUUCCUGUGUACUCGUGUGCAUCAAUGAGCUGUUCUGUAGUUGGUAAUGCUGUCACCGACGAGCACUAUCCAUGUGAUUGCUUUAAAAUCGAGAAAGUUUUGGGUGGAAAGAAAACAUGGUUUAAGAUCGAAUUACCCAAUGGUAAGCAUGGGUAUGUUACCGAUAACCACUGUUCGGGUGAUGUUCCACAUUGUAAAUGA